ACAUAUCCGUGGAGGAUUACAACUCUUUCAUCGAAAGUAAAGAAAUAAGUGGAUAUAAAUUUGAAUAUAAUAACGGCACUGUAUAUAUAAUCGAUAUGUGCACAGAUGUGCAUGAAGCUGUUAUUGAGGCACUGCGAGACUCUUUCCGUGCUCACUGCCCUACUACUACUUAUGCUAUUUAUAAUUCCCCAAUACAAAUUCGUGGUCAACCACUUCAUAAAUCACCAGCUGAAGACGGAGCUCACAUUGCACCGGAUCUCUCUGUCUUUCCACAUCCAACUUAUGUUCCAAAGCCUCCAGUCCCGCAUCCUGGUCCGCCACCUAGUAACAUACAGGGAAACCCCUAUGCAAGAAUAGUUUGUGAAGUAGCCGUGGCCCAAACUUCCUCCAACUUAAAUGUCAAAUGCAGGCUUUGGAAGUUACAAUCGUAUGUACGAUCUAUACUUGGUAUUAAACUUUAUAAUAUAAUGAAUACACACAACAAUCCACAAGGAAAAAGAGAUCGGGCAAUGAAGGCUACACUUUGGCGGCAAGGUAUUCCAAGACAGAAGUGGAAAUUUGGUACUGUAAACAAAGACGGUUCCCCUACUGGUCUUACUGGCUGUCAUGGCCCGAAUGACCCAAACUAUAUAAUUACAAUCCCUGUUAGUGACGUAUUUUAUGAUCCAGCAGUUCCUGCAAUCGGAUAUACUCCAUUACCUCCUCCUCCUGCAACAUUGAUGGCCGCUGUUUUUACAAUCGACUUAUAUGGAAUUCAGCAAAUGGUUUUACUUAGUCAGGAAGAAUAA